AAGCAUUUUAACAAGCACCUUGUACUUACGGAACCCAUCACACCAAGAGAAUUUAGUUGGGGUUUGGCAGCUAGUCUGGGAGCCUCCGGCUAUAUUUGCCGAUUGUCUCACCCUUUGAAACAUGUCUUCUUUAAAAACUGGUAGGCUUUUCUUGAGGAAACACAGGAAAUGGCCACACUUGACCUUCCAUGUCAAAUGGCAGCAGACUUUCAAGCAACAAGAAGCUUUGCGAAAUCUGAAAGAAGCAGCCACGGCGCCAACUUCCUCUCUACAGCCCCGGCAACAAACUACUAGCAAGCCUUAUCUUCUUUCCUCUCUUAUCCACUCCUUUAGCAUCUAUGAUUGUGAGCCCACCCCUCAAGCUUAUCACUUUAUCAUCAAAACUCUGAGCAAAACGUCCCAACUCAACCAAAUUUCCCCAGUUCUUGAUCAUCUCGAGAAGAUGGAAAAAUUCGACACACCCGAAUUCAUUUUGAGCCAUCUUAUUGAAAUUUAUGGCAAUGCCAACGAAAUACAAAAAGCUGUUGAGCUGUUCUAUAGAAUACCCAAAUUUAGGUGUGUCCCUUCUGUUUACUCGCUCAAUACUUUGCUCUCAGUUCUUUGUAGAACCAGUGAAGGUCUGAAAAUGGUUCCUGAAAUUUUGUUGAAGAGUCGAGCUCUGCAUAUUCGAGUUGACGAAUCGAGCUUUCGCUUGCUGAUUUCUGCCCUUUGUAGAAUUAAAAAGGUCGGGCAUGCUGUUGAGCUAUUUGAUUGUAUGAUAAAUGAUGGGUUUAAUCUUGACACAGAUAUAUGCUUUAUGCUACUAUCUUCACUUUGUGAACAGACAGAUAUUCAUAUACAGGGGGUUGAUGUUGUUGCAUUUUUGGGAAAACUGAGGAAAUUGGGAUUUUGUCCUGGAAUUUUGGACUAUACUAAUGUAAUUAGAUUCCUAGUGAGAAAAGGAAUGGGUGCUGAUGCUUUGGGUGUCUUGUAUGAGAUGAAGUCAGAUGGAAUCAAACCGGACAUUGUUUGCUAUAAUAUGGUUCUGAAUGGGGUUAUUGCAAGUGGUUCUUAUUCCAAGGCAGAUGAGCUGUUCGACGAAUUGCUUGUCUUUGGUUUGGUCCCUGAUGUUUAUACAUACAAUGUUUAUAUAGAGUGCCUGUGCAAGCAAGGCAAAGUAGAGGAAGGGAUUAAAAUGGCAGUUAGCAUGGAGGAGUUGGGAUGCAAACCAAAUUUGAGUACUUACAAUAUGUUACUGCAGGCGUUAUGUAAUAGUGGAGAACUUGGCCAAGCAAGGGACCUACUCGUGAGGGAGAUGAGUUCGAAAGGCUUUGGGUUGAGCAUGCAAACGUACAAGAUUAUGAUUGAUGGUUUGAUUAGCAGUGGAAAAGUUACUGAAGCUUGUGCUUUGUUGGAGGAAGAACUGGAUAAGGGUUUAUGUCCUCAGAGUUCGACAUUUGAUGAGAUAAUUUGUGGACUGUGCCCCAUUGGCUUGACAUGUAAAGCACUGGAAUUGCUUGAGAAAAUGAUCCAUAAGAAUGUUUCUCCAGGUGUUAGAGCUUGGGAAGCACUUCUCCUUGGCUGUCAAUCCAAUAAUAGUUUUGCAGAGGAUGUUGGAUUGUUGGACAGCUUAGUAAACUCAUCCACAUUGCCAGAACCUUAAGCAACAGACUCAAUGAGCUAUUCUUUCUUGCAUAAAGAGUAUGGCAAAGGUGCUUGCUUGACUGUCUACACUGUUAAUGUUGGAGACCUCAUUGACUUGUGUGGUGGACACUGAACAAACUCAUAUAACUUGAUAAGUUUGAACCUUGAAAAUAUUUGAAACUGCAAAUCCACCUGACUUAAGAGUUGGAGCAUAAAUAGCAUAAAUUGCUAUUGUAAAAUGGCUGCAUAUUGUUCUGAUAAAUGGUGGCAGCUACUGUUGUAUUUACGACCUAUCCGAUCGGUCAAGGAAGCUUUCUCAUGGUAUGCCUCUAGAAAUCCUUAGUGCUUUCAACUUUGUAAUUGUACUACAUGCUGGACACAGCAUCAUUUGUGCACGCCUGCACUUCAAAUUUUAAAUAGCUACAGUAUUUGGCAGCUCCAAUUCAAUUCUGUGUUGCAAGCUGCAUAACAUAAACUGGAGCUUUGAUACUCUGACUCUCCUUUUUGCCA